GGAAGGUUGUGUCGCGGAUGUUUUUGUUUUUUUAAUUUAAGCUAUAAGUAGAUAAUGCAAUUCCAUCAAAUACGAAUCGGCAUCAAGAGCGUAGAACGUGUGUCCGCGAGUGUUGUUUUUGCAAUCAAUUUAUUGUAAUAUAUAAAUAAGCAAAAAAAAAAUUCAACAGCUUGUGUGUAUGCGUGUAAAAGAAUCACAUACAUAAAUUGAAUUAUAGUUCUGAAUAUAAAUAGCUAACCGAAAAGAAGGCAUAAGUGUUAUGCUGAUUUGCCGUUAGACAGUGGCUGAAGCUUGCAACAACAGAAAAGUGAAGAAAGAGUUCAGAAUAGACUACACAUGCACACACAAACAAAGAUGAUAUGCCGUUAUAAUUUGUGAAUGCAAAUAUAGAUAUCAGCUUUUGUUUACACUUGAACGCGACGGGGAGUGCGAGUGUGUGCGUACGCUUAUGUGUGCUUGUGUGUGUGUGUGCUCAAGUGCUGCUCGUUAUUAAUAUUGCAAGUGUUGUUGUGGUUGUUCCUGUUGUGCGGCGGCCGCAUCCUGUUUUUAAUUCAACUUUAACUUCAAUUGAGUACACACGGGGGCAGAAAAUGUGGCAAAUUAAAGCCGCUGCCUAAGGCAGCGUUUGAGUUUUGAGUGCAUCUUGUUGCUUGCUGACUGACACGGGAAGUGAUGUCACCACAUCUGCUUGCAGCACUCCAGAGGAAUAAAUUUUACUACUAUUACAACUGCCAGAAACAAAAUAACAACAACAACAAACAGAACAACAUAUUUGAAAUUGCUGCGGAUUCCUAAGACACAAAUAAUGCUGCGGCUGCAUUCGCAUUUACAUACACAGCUCCAACGGCUGCUGUCGACUGCGCUGCUAGUGCUAUUGCUCAACAUAUGCUGCUUGCAACAACAGCAACUUGCCACAGCUGACAGCUGGGAGUCAAAAGCUGCCCUUGAUGAGUUUGCCACACACGCGACGAUACUGCCACAAGUGCAACAUGGACGCACGAAACGUUCACUGCAAAGCACCUUGGAUGCAACGGAUGGUCUACAUACGCCGCACAUAACGCUUAGCUACACGCACCAAGGUAAACGUGUACACAUCGAAUUGCAGCGCAACGAUCGCCUCCUGCCCGACGCCCACUUUGUGCGCUAUCAGAAUGCCAGCAAUCGCUUUGACGGCGCCACUGGCCAUGUGGUGCGCAAUUUCACCAAGACUGAGGUUGAUUUAUGUCACUAUCAGGGUCAUAUAAGCGGUCAGCCAGACUCUGUUGUGGCGCUCUCCACCUGCGAUGGCAGCCUCAAUGGCGUCGUCUUUGACGGCGAGCACACGUACUUUAUACAUCCGCAGGCCAGUGGCAACGGACGCAGACUGCAGGAUGACCACUAUCUGUUCAGACAUGCUGACAUGCUAGAGCAGAACGCUACCUGUGGCUAUGACAGCCACAGCCAUAGUCACAGUCAUGAUGAGCUGCACUGGCAGCAUCUGGAGCAGCUGGGCGUGGAGCAGCUGGGCGUGCCGCUUGGUUUGAAUGGCGGCGAAUUUCAGCGCGUGCUGCAGCGCAAGCGACGCCAGACGGAUGAUAAUCAACGCAUACGUGGACCGUAUAAUGCGGAUAGAUAUUCCAGCUAUGUGGAGCUGGUCAUUGUGGUGGACAACAAGGUGUUUAAGCAUUUCGGCGAGAGCGAGAAGCGUGUGCAUCAGCAUUGCAAGGAUUUGGCCAACAUUGUGAAUGCCCUCUAUGUGCCCUUGAACAUAUUUGUGGCGCUGGUGGGCGUGGUCAUUUGGAAUGAAGCGAAUGAAAUAGAAUUCAGCAGCGAUGGCGAUGUUACCUUGCGCAACUUCCUCAACUAUCGCAGCACCAAGCUGGUCGUGGAUCAUCCCAACGACAAUGCACAGCUGCUGACCAAGGAGGUCUUUUCGAAUGGCGUUGUGGGCAAGGCGCUAAAGGGUCCCAUCUGCACCUUUGAGUACUCCGGCGGUGUCAGCAUGCAGCAUAGCCAGGUGCUGGCUGUGGUGGCCACCACCAUGGCGCACGAGAUGGGCCAUAAUUUUGGCAUGGAGCACGACACCAGCGACUGCAACUGCCCGGACGAGAAGUGCGUCAUGGCUGCCUCCAGCACCGCCGUCGUGCCCGUGCACUGGAGCAGCUGCAGCAUCGAUCAGCUGACCAUUGCCUUCUCGCGCGGCAUGAACUACUGUCUGCGCAACAAGCCCACGCAUCUGUUCGACUCGCCGCAGUGCGGCAAUGGCUUCGUCGAGCCCGGCGAGCAAUGCGACUGCGGCUUGCCCGCUCACUGCCAGAACAGCUGCUGCAAUGCCGACACCUGCAUGCUGCAUACCAAUGCCUCCUGUGCCACCGGCGAGUGCUGUGAUCUGAACACCUGUCGCCCCAAGCUGGCGGGCAGCUCCUGCCGACCGGCGGAGAAUGAAUGCGAUUUGCCGGAGUAUUGCACUGGCGAGUCGGAGUACUGUCCAGCGGAUGUAUUUCGACGUGAUACGGAGCCAUGUGAUGACGAGCAGGCGUACUGCUUCCUGGGCACCUGUCGCUCGCACGCCAAUCAGUGUCGCAUACUGUGGGGACCCACGGGCGAGGAUUCGACGCAUUGCUAUGAGAAGAAUGUGGAAGGCUCGCGUGGCGGCAACUGCGGCUUCAAUAGAUUGACUAAGACGCACGUCAAGUGCGCAAUGCAGCAUGUCAAGUGCGGCCUGCUGCACUGCACCCAUCUGAAUGAACGCCUUGAGUUUGGCAUGGAGUCGGCUGCGGUGCUCUCGCAUUCUUAUGUUAGCCACGAUCGCAAGAUUAUCGCCUGCCGCACAGCGAUUGUGGAUUUGGGUCUGCAGACUGUCGAUCCGGGCCUGACGCCAAACGGUGCCAAGUGUGGCAACAACAGCAUGUGCGUCAACCAGCAGUGUCUGGCCGUGCAGCAAGUGCAUCAGAUGGGCAUGGGUGCACGCUGUCCCGAGGACUGCAAUGGCAAUGGCAUCUGCAAUAGUCGCGCCCAUUGCCACUGCGAUGUUGGCUUUGGCGGCGAGUCAUGCAACAAGCCCGGACAUGGCGGCUCACCAGACAGCGGUCCGGCCACCGAUCCAAGUGGUGCGCUAAGUUUCCAGCGUUUCAUGUGCAUUCUGUUCUUCCUGGUGCUGCCAUUGCUGGUGGCGCUCUGGCUAUGCUAUCGCUUUGUCAUACGCAACAACAAGUUCUUCAGCGGUGGAAAGCUCGCCGAGAAUAUCUUGAAAACUGCCAGUGGUCAGAAGCUGCCAACGGUGCGGCAAGCACCAAAUGGCGCUGGACCGCCAGCUGGAGUCAAUGUGCUGCCCAAGUCAACGCCCAGCAGCACGGAUGACAUGAACUCGGCGCUGUUGAAGUCGCCCAGCGAUUCUAGCGAUGCUGCUGGCGCUAAUGGCGUUGGCAUGUUUGGCAAAUUUAAAGGAUUUACGCUGCGCCCGCUUAACGACGACACCACGCCCACUGGCAACUAUAAUGCACCCAAUGUGGCCUUUGUGCAGCCCACUGUGCAACAGGAGACCACCGGCGUGCCGCAGCGCAUAGCGCCACCGCCACCUGGCUGGGUUGCACCAGAGCAGGCUGCAACUAUAACACGGACAGCGCCUGCGCUGCCUCCACCCAAUCCCGGCUCCACAGCACGUCCUAUCAUAUCAAAGCCCACAUUAGAUUCCAGCACCUUGACCAUGGUGCCGCUAAAGGGCGCCGAUGAAAACGAUUUAUCACCGAAGCGCUCGGCGCCAGCUCCGCCUGUGCCACUGCAUGCGGAUCCCAAGCUGAACAUCAAGCGUGACGGCACCAUACGACGCCUUACUUCCUUCCUGAAGAAGGAGGAGAAGCCACCGCUUAAGGAGAAAACCUAUAUUGAUCGCGAACGCUUGCGCACGCUCGAAAUAUCCGCGCCAAUGCCUGUGCCGACGCCUGUACAGGCAGAGUCAUCCAACUCCGACUCGGAAACUACGCCACGCGAGGAGGAAACCAAGAAUUUGGUUAAGCGCACACAGUCCAUGCGCUCGCCCACCAAAAAGACGCAGUUGCAAACGUUUGGCUCCAUGCGCUCGCCACCAGGUGCAGCGCGUCCCAAGAGCACAGCCAACAACUUAGCUGCCACACCCAGCACCAGACCCAAAUCGCCGCCGCCACCACGUCCACCGGCGCUGGUAAAGAAAACCAACUCUACCACCUCUUCAGGUUAUCAGCUGCCCGUAGCCAGCGCUCAGUCAACCGCGGAGAGCACCUACGAUGAUUGCGAGUUUGUGGAGACACGUGCCUCCAACGAUGACAUCUACUCGGUUAUAGAUGAAAUACCACCUGCUGCACAGACGCUCAAGCGCAGCGAGCUGGUCGCCAGUCUGGCAAGUAACGGCGACAUGGGAUUGCUGGGCGAGAUUGUCAACGAGUUUGAAAAGCUUAACGGCGGCGAAUCACUCUACUCGGGCAAGUCCACAACGCCUGUGGCAGCUGAUGAGGCUGAGCCUCAGCUAGUUGCACAGACGCCCAGAAGUCCACAGCGACCCGCACCGCCAAAGCCAGCGGGCAGCAAUCGCAACAGCAACAGCAGCAGUGCUGCCAAUGCGGAGGACACUGAUAAGACCAACGUGGCGCCUACUUAUAUACGUGCACCGCCGGUGAAUGCGCCUGUGGCACGUGUGGCACCCACACGUGCUGACGUUUCGCCUACGCGCGCCUUCUCCAGCUUCAAGCCAACGCCUGCGAGUCUGGCGCACAACAGCAGCAAGCCCACAGCCACAGCAGCUCCCAGCAGUCAGGCCACUCGUAGCAGUGCUGCUGUCGUCGCUACACGUCCCAAGUCCUUUACGAAGAUAGCGAAAACGCUGCCCAAUGGUGCAACAGCUGCUCCGUCUGCAACGAUACAAAAGCCAAGGCUGUCGGCCAAGCCUUCAUUUAGCGGCGGGCUGCCGAAGCGUGUGCCGGGCUCUGCUGGAUUGGUGACUGCGGCUACCGCGCCCACGCCGCCCACCGUCAAUACGUCCUCGAACAUAGCAACGCUGACGCAGCGUUUCGAGCAGCGAAAAUAGUUCUCAAAACGACUACAAACAAAAAAACUAUGACUGUAAACUAUAAGUUAGGCUAGCUUACAUAUGAUUAAUGUUCAUUUGGCACUGAUUACCCAAGAUGCUGAGAAGUUGCAUCGUUGAUAUUCAUUCCUUUAUAAAUGUCCCUCUAGUUAGAAAUUAGAAGUUGUUUAAUUUAAUUGCUUAAAACGAUAAUGAAUGUGCGUUUUUUAGUAUCUCAAUGACUAUUUUUAACCAUAUGUAGUUAUAUUAUGUGCGUGCUCUUGAAAUUAUGUACACGCAUGUGUAAUUGUUUAUGUAUAAUGAUAUUUGCUGUUGUAAAUAAAAACCAAAGAAGUCAAAUUGUCACAAAACUACGUCGCUAACAAACACUCAAUGCAAAUAGUGCACAUUAAAUUAAAUGUUGACGCGUGUACAGUUGUAAAGCGCACUUGCGAUAUUUAAAAUCAAAUAAAUAAGGAAAUAUUCUCAAUUAACCACA